AGAUGACGCAGCGGCACCUGACACUGCGGGUCAGCCUGUGGCCUCCAGCAUGUCCGUGGCUCGCAUCGCCUCACCCGGCUUUGCUCAACUCAAUUAUCCGUGACACACUUUCCCCCUCACUUCCCCUGAUCCCCGCUUGAUUAGCCGCCUUCCGCCCCGGCGUGGCUGUCUGGACUCGGCAGCAGAUUACACUCACCAAAGCACUUCCAUGACAGCACAUAAUCAGCCCCAUCUUCUCUCCGGGCUUCUUUAGGCGGCAAGCAGUCAGAUAUGACCGUAGGUGGUGCCCACUCGACGGCGUGUCGGCCCGUGCUGGUCCCUCAGCGGGAGCUGCUCUACAACGGGCUGCUGCCUUACGCGGACCGGCUGGACCGGGAGGCCUCGGAACUUUUGGCGGACAUCAAGUGGAAUCUGUCCAGAGCUGUGCUGCUUAGGGAGCUUUGGCCCGGGGUCGCCUUCUGGACCAGGAAGCUAUUCUCGUUUCUGAAGCUCUACGGAAGAAGGUUCAGCAAGGAUGAUCAUGUUCUGUUCAUCAAGCUGCUGUAUGACUUGGUCACCAUGCCGGACCUGGAGCCCCACAUGAUGCAGAGCUACGCCCGGCUGCUCAUUCAGCUCCUCAAGAAAAAGGAACUGCUUUCACGAGAUGACCUCCAGUUGCCGUGGCGACCGCUCUACCAGCUGUUCGAGAAGGUGGUCCACUCCAAAACGGAGCAUCUUGGACUCAUCUGGUUCCCCAACUCAGUGGAGCACAUUUUGAAGGCUUUGAUCAAAAGCUGCAGACCGUAUUUCCCGGCGUCCUCCACCAAGGAGAUGCUGGAGGAGUGGCGCCCCCUGCUGUGCGUCUUCGACGUGGCCAUGCAGAAGGCCAUCAGCAACAUGGAGCUCUUCCUGCCCACCAUCAUGCCCCCCGAGGAGCACACCCAAGGCUUCCGGUUGUGGUUUGAUGAGUUGAUGGAGCUGUGGGUGUCCGUGCAAAAUCAACCCAGCUGGGAAGGGCAUUUAGUGAACCUGUUUGCUCGCCUCGCCAAUGACAACAUCGGCUACGUGGACUGGACCCCCCACCUGGCCACUAUCUUCACCAGGAUCCUGCGCAGCCUCAACCUCCCAGUAGGGGUCAGCCACAUGGUGGCACUGCGCUAUCUCACCAACUCGUAUGACAUCGGGCACCUGGUGUUGUGGAUCACAGCCUUGCUGGGUGGACCAGGGAAUCCUGCACAGAAAGAGUUGACCUGCCUCUUCAACAGCAUCGCCUCCUUUUAUCAUCCUUCCAAUCAUGGCCUCUGGCAGUCUCGACUCAUGCGCUUGCUCCAGCGUCUGCCGGCCAGCGUGGUGCGCCGCGUCCACCGCGAGCGUCACGCCGCUCCCGGCUGGAUCACGCUGGUGCCAGAAUCUCAGAGGCUGACGGACCAAGACCUGCAGGAGUUCACGCGCAGUCUCACUGGCGCCGCCCUGCUGGCCAUGUUCAGUAAGACGGGCUGCACAGACGCCGCCUACGCCCUCCAGAACCUGGCUCUGCUGACGCCGCAGCUCGCCAUUCCACCUGUGCUGGAGAAGACGUACGCAGCCAUGGAGACCCUGACGGAGCCGCACACCCUCACCGCCACUCUCAGCUGCAUGAUCGGCAUGGCGCGUAGCCUGGUCGCCCCCAGCGACCGUUACCCGGAGGGCCGCCUGCAUGUGCUGCCGCUGCUCAUGGGGUCUCUGCCGGGCGUGGACCCCAACGACUUCAGCAAGUGCAUGAUAACGUUCCAGUUCAUCACCACGUUCACCACGCUGGUGCCUUUGGUCGAUUGUUCUUCUGCGCCAUCUCGACACACUGAUCUUUCUGAGGUUGAAAAAGACUUGUGUUUUGCUUCUGCUGAGUUCGAGGACUUCGUUCUGCAGUUUCUAGACAGGUGCUUUGCUCUGAUCGACUGCAGCACUUUGGAGCAGACCAGAGACGAGAUGGAGACGGACACUCAGACCCAGCUGGAGAGCCUGGUGGAGCUGGGCCUGUCCUCCACCGUGAGCACGGUCCUCACACAGUGCUCCAAACAAAUAUACACGGUGGCUUUGGAGAAGGUGUACAACUUUGCUACCUCCAACAUCUUUGAGACUUGUGUGUCAGGCAGGAUGGUGGCUGACAUGUGCAGGGCGGCCGCCAAGUGUCAUCCCGCUGAGUCUCUCCGACUGUUUGUCCCUCACUGCUGCAGUCUCAUUUUCCACACUACUGAAAAUGAGGAUCUCCAGAGUGAAGACGAGCUGGAUAAGGAGCUGCUGUGGAACCUCCAGCUGCUCUCCGAGGUUACCCGCGUAGAUGGCGAGCAGCUGUUGAAGUACCGGGGGGAUGUGGAGCGCGUCCUGUCCGCGUGCGUGCGUUUGCGGUGCAAGCGGGCGUACACCCUGGCCUGCAGCCUGCUGGAGCACACGCUCCGCUCGCUGUCGCUCAUUUACCCCACCGAGUACAGGAGCACAUCGGGAGGCUUUGACACUGACCUCCCCAUACGGGACUGGGGUCGGGCCGGCGACGUGUCCGCUUUAGGUCUGUGCUGGCACGUUCCGAGCCGAGAAGAGGAGGACUUUGUUUUCCAGUUGUUGUACCGCCUCCUGCGCCCCGAGCUGGAGCGAAUCGAGGGCCACGUCUCUGGAGAGCAGACAAUGAGCAGGGAGGAGCUAUUGCAGAGCCUUGCAAUCGUGCAGCACUGCCUCCUGGGGGCUGGCAGCAUGCUUCCCCCACUGGAUGGACCUCACGUCGCUGACCUAGUGCCCUCCAUGGUGAACCUUGGGGAGGUCAAACUGCACAUCGGCGUGGACUACGAUGAUUCACGGGAGAACUACAGAGUGUCCAUCUGCCACACCAUGAGGCUGCUGCUGCAUCACAUCCUGGAACACACGGAGGACGACACCAAGUCGCUGUUUGUCGUCAUUAAGAUCAUCAGCGACCUCAUGUUUUUCCGAGGCACUCGCAAAAAGGAGUUUGACUCGCGCUGGAAGAGCUUCACUCUUGUCAAGAAGUCCAUGGAAAACCGGCUUCACGGGAAUAAGCAGCACAUUCGGGCGCUGCUCGUCGACCGCGUACUGCUGCAGCACGAGAUGAGGAAACUGGUGGUCGAGGGCAGAGAGUACAAAGAAGUCCACCAGAAGCUGCUGUGUGAUCUUCUGCUGCUGUCCACCAGCACCUACAGCCAGGUCCGGAGCAGGGCCCAGAACGUGCUGACCACCGCACUGGUCACCUUCAGCUUCUCCCACCGAGACAUGAUACCCAGAAUUGUGCAACUGCUGUCACCGCAACACACCAACGGCACUCAGCAGCAGUUGAAGGGGGCGCUGUACUGCCUUCUGGCGGCAUACAGCAGUGUUAGCCUCGUGAGGGACUGGGACUGCGUAGGCACGAUGUGGCCCGCCCUGGUCCGUUGUGGACUCUCGCCUGCAAUGACCCUGGAGGAGCACUCGGUGGGGCAGGUCCUGGACGACAUCAUCGACAGGAUCCAUCGGCAGCACGACACCAUCGGCAUAUUUUUCACCGUAUCGGAGAGUUGCGUGGAAAUAGCCAAAGAAAUCGCACGCUCCCACAAUCCCGCGCCUUCUUCGGAGACGGCCACCGUAGAGGAGCUGAAGGAGGGGCUUCAACGCCAGCAAAUCAGAAAUGUUGUAAAUGCACGGAAAUAUGAGAAGCUGGUUAAUGACCUCUUGGACUGCCUUGAAGACCGAGAGCUGCCCUGGAAGUUUGAGCACAUGGCCACAGAUUUGUUGUCUCUUCUGCUGAGGGAUGAUCACCCGCUGCCGCCGGACGCCGUCCUGUACUUCACACAGGGCCUGGUUCAUGACUCCAUUAGCAUACGCAAGGUUUCAAUAGCUGCAAUGGCUGGGAUCCUAAAACAGCUCAAGAAACCCAGAAAGAAAGUAGCAGUGAAGCCAUCAGAUAUUGGCGGCGUGGCCGAUCCAGAGGGCUGGUGGGCGGGGGACCGCCAGGCCAAUCGCUGGCUACAGUACAACAGCAACAACCUGCCCCUCAGCGAGGAGCAAUGGGACUCUCAGCUACACGUGGAGAAAACACACGUGGGCUACUACUCGUGGCCAAGAGAAAUGAUGAUCUAUGCACCUUCGGAAAAGCUUAAAGAUGACCUGCCCUAUGAGGAGAUGAGCGAAGCCGAAAAGAUCAUCUCUGAAUAUUUCUCUGACCCGGAGUUCAUCGAGCAGCUUAUAGAGUUUCUUUCUUUAGAGGACCGCAAAGGAAAAGACAGCUUCAACCCACGACGCUUUUGUCUCUUCAAGGGCCUCUUUCGUAACUAUGGCGACGUCUUCCUGCCGCUCCUGUGGCCUCACCUGGAGCAGCUGGCCGCUGACCCCCACGAGAGCUCGCAGCGCUGUCUCUGCGAAAUCACGGCCGGGCUCAUCAGAGGCAGCAAACUGUGGAGUUUCAGCAAGGUGGAUAGAUUAUGGCAUCUUCUGUGCCCGCUGAUCAGCACGGCCUUGACCAACAUCACCAUGGAAACCUUCACCGAUUGGGGUACCUGCAUCGCCACUGCAUGCGAGGGGCGCGACCCCAGGAAGCUCCACUGGCUCCUUGAGCUCCUGAUGGAAAGCCCGCUCAUCGGCGAGGGAAGCUCCUUCCGAGAUGCCAGUCUGCUGUACGUGCUUCAAGGGGGGCUGGCCCAGCAGCAAUGGCGGGUGUCACAACUGCUGCACAGGCUGCUGGCUUACCUGGAACCCAAACUCACGCAGGUGUACAAGAAUGUGCGGGAGCGCAUCGGCAGUGUGCUGACCUAUAUCUUCAUGAUGGACGUGGCCCUGCCCCACACGCAGCCCACCUCCUCCCCCCACGUGGCAGACUUCGUCACUCGGGUCCUAGAGCGGCUCAAGCCCCUCACGUCAGAGGCGGAGAUCCGCAACCACGUGCACGAGGAGAACACCCCGGAGACGGAGGACGAGCACACCCAGGCUGUCAAGCUGCUCAAAACGGUCUUAAAAUGGUUGAUGGCAAGUGCCGGGCGAACUUUCACCACUCCAGUUCAGCAGCAGCUUCAACUCCUGCCUCUGCUCUUCAAAAUUGCCCCGGUGGAGAUUGAUGAGAGUUAUGAUGAGAUGAAGCAGGACGCUCGCACGUGCCUCUCUCUGAUGUCCCAGGGCCUGCUCUAUCCUCAGCACAUCGCUCUUGUUUUGGCAGCUCUGGAAGAGAUGGCAGGCAGCAGGUCAUGGCAUGCACGCUACUCGGUGCUGACCUACCUGCAGAUUAUGGUCUUCUACAACUUAUUUACGCUGCUCAGCGUGCCUGUGGAGGUGCAGCGCAUACGUAAGCUGGUGAUGCGCCUGCUGCUGGACGAGCAACUCGAGGUGAGGGACAUGGCGGCCACUACCCUGAGUGGUUUGCUGCAGUGCCACUUCUUCCCUCUCGACCGCAUGCUGCAGACACAACUCCAGACGCUGAGUCAGAUGCGCCUCCCCAAGGCCAGAGGAGAGCUGACUUCUACAGAUUUGGUGCGGCGUCACGCCGGAGUGCUGGGACUAAGCGCGUGCAUCCUGUCCAGCCCUUACGACGUCCCCGCCUGGAUGCCCCAGAUCCUCAUGGACUUGAGCGACCACCUCAACGACCCGCAGCCCAUCGAGAUGACGGUGAAGAAGACCUUGUCCGAGUUCAGGCGCACUCACCACGACAACUGGCAGGAGCACCGCCAGCGCUUCACCGACGACCAGCUGCUGGUCCUCACCGACCUGCUGGUGUCGCCGUGCUACUACGCCUAGCGUAGUCGCUCUGUUCGUCCGAUACGUCGCACUGACACUUUGACGACGUGACAGCGACCGGGAGCGACCCCGUGAGAAAAUGCUGAGUCGGCGUUGGCCUUCUAAUCGCAAGGAUUGCUGGGUAAACUGCUUUCACAGCACGUCUAAAAACAUGUCAUAUUUCUGGCCAUGCUUGUACUGUACAUACUGUACACCAUUAUUAUACAGAACAUGUGCUAUUGAUUAGGGAUGUCCGAUAAUGGCUUUUUUGCCGAUAUCCGAUAUUGUCCAACUCUUAAUUACUGAUACCGAUAUCAACCGAUAUAUGCAGUCGUGGAAUUAACACAUUAUUAUGCCUAAUUUGGACAACCAGGUAUGGUGAAGAUAAGGUCCUUUUUGAAAAAAAUAAUUAAAUAAAAUAAGAUAAAUAAAUUUAAAAAAAAUUAUUGAAUAAAAAAGAAAGUAAAACAAUAUAAAAACAGUUACAUAGAAACUAGUAAUUAAUGAAAAUGAGUAAAAUUAACUGUUAAAGGUUAGUACUAUUAGUGGACCAGCAGCACGCACAAUCAUGUGUGCUUACGGACUGUAUCCCUUGCAGACUGUAUUGAUAUAUAUUGAUAUAUAAUGUAGGAAGCAGAAUAUUAAUAACAGAAAGAAACAACCCUUUUGUGUGAAUGAGUGUAAAUGGGGGAGGGAGGUUUUUUGGCUUGGUGCACUAAUUGUAAGUGUAUCUUGUGUUUUUUAUGUGGAUUUAAUAAAAAAACAAAACAAAGAGCUACCGAUAAUAAAAAAAACGAUACCGAUAAUUUCUGAUAUUACAUUUUAAAGCAUAUAUCGGCCGAUAAUAUCGGCAGGCCGAUAUCAGACAUCUCUACUAUUGAUCCUUUCAUUAUGGAAUAUGGACAAAUACAUGUUUUAUAUAUACUCUAUUGUCAGGCCUGGGUCAGAAAUAGGACUCAGAUGCAGAGGUGGGGAGUAAUCGAGCAGGCUUUUAUUUUGAAAAGUUCACUUUUCACCUCUUGAGUCAGGGCAAAAUAACAAUGGCUAUAAACUUUAACAACUAGGCGAAAAAGGUUUCACAAAAUGUGAACAAACUGAAAAUCACUCCAAAAGGAGGAAACACAAUUACCGUAUUUUUCGGAGUAUAAGUCGCUCCGGCCGAAAAUGCAUAAUAAAGUAGGAAAAAAACAUAUAUAAGUCGCACUGGAGUAUAAGUCGCAUUUUUUGGGGAAAUGUAUUUGAUAAAAGCCAACAGCAAGAAUAGACAUUUGAAAGGCAAUUUAAAAUGUGUAAAGAAUAGUGAACAACAGGCUGAAUAAGUGUACGUUAUAUGAGGCAUAAAUAACCAACUGCUAUGUUAACCUCACAUAUUAUGGUAAGAGUCAUUCAAAUAACUAUAACAUAUAGAACAUGCUAUACGUUUACCAAACAAUCUGUCACUCCUAAUCGCUAAAUCCCAUGAAAUCUUAUACGUCUAGUCUCUUACGUGAAUGACAUCAAUAAUAUUAUUGGAUGUUUUACGCUAAUGUGUUCAUCAUUUCACACAUAAGUCGCUCCUGAGUAUAAGUCGCACCCCCGGCCAAACUAUGGAAAAAACUGCGACUUAUAGUCCAAAAAAUACGGUACUCUUUUCUUGUCAGGCCUGGGUCAGAAAUAGGACUCAGAUGCAGAGGUGGGGAGUAAUCCGGCAGGCUUUUAUUUUGAAAAGUUCACUUUUCACCUCUUGAGUCAGGGCAAAACAACAAUGGCUAUAAACUUUAACAACUAGGCGAAAAAUGUUUCACAAAAUGUGAACAAACCGAAAAUCACUCCAAAAAGGAGGAAACACAAUUAUCUUACUUGUAGCGCUAGUGACAAAUUAAAACUAUCAACUAGGGAUGUUAUGGUAAACAGUAUAAUGAUAAACCGUUGUAAACUUCUGGACGGUUAGUAACACCUUUUAAAAUUGUAAUUACCGUAUUUUUUGGACUAUAAAUCGCUCCGGAGUAUAAGUCGCACCGGCUGAAAAUGCAUAAUAAAGAAGAAAAAAAAACAUAUAUAAGUCGCACUGGAGUACAAGUCGCAUUUUUUUGGGAAAUGUAUUUGAUAAAAGCCAACAGCAAGAAUAGACAUUUGAAAGGCAAUUUAAAAUGUCUAAAGAAUAGUGAACAACAGGCUGAAUAAGUGUACGUUAUAUGAGGCAUAAAUAACCAACUGGUAUGUUAACGUAACAUAUUAUGGUAAGAGUCAUUCAAAUAACUAUAACAUAUAGAACAUGCUAUACGUUUACCAAACAAUCUGUCACUCCUAAUCGCUAAAUCCCAUGAAAUCUUAUACGUCUAGUCUCUUACGUCAAUAAUAUUAUUGGAUAUUUUACGCUAAUUUCACACAUAAGUCGCUCCUGAGUAUAAGUCGCACGCCCGGCCAAACUAUGAAAAAAACUGCAACUUAUAGUCGGAAAAAUACGGUACAUUGUUUAAUGCAUCCAGCGGGGCAUCACAACAAAAUUAGGCAUAAUAAUGUGUUAAUUCCACGACUGUAUAUAUCGGUAUCGGUUGAUAUCGGAAUCGGUAAUUAAGAGUUGGACAAUAUCGGAAUAUCGGAUAUCAGCAAAAAAGCCAUUAUCGGACAUCUCUACAUAUAAGGAAGGGCAAGUGACCUGAAACGAGAGGAGAGUUACUUUUCAAAGUAAAACAUAAAAUUCACAAGACACAAAAAAACCAAGACAAGACCUCCUUCACCGCGGUGUGGCAAUUCUAUUCAUAUAUAAAUGUACAAUCAACACCUUAUUUAAUGUGAUUUUACAGUAAAAAUACAUGCUGUGCCAUGUCAUCCAUUUACGUAAUAUCAUGUAUUAUGUUGGGUGCCAUUUUUAUUCACCCUCAGCAUAUUCUAAAAAUAGAGUUAUUAAUGAGAUACAUUAUUAAAUAUUAAACUACAGAGGUUUUUUUUUUUUCUUUAUUAUGAAAGCCUUUUUUGGACACUGAAUUAAUGUAACUGCAUUUUUCUUUUUUUUUGUUGCAUCAAAUGUUGCUGACAAUUUCACUGAAUAAAAAUGCAUGACCAAGAUUUGUGUUUUAAAAAUUCAGCGCAGAAAUAUUUGUUGCUUCAAAACUCAACACUCACUUCUGGCAAAUUAAGACUGAAGCAAUCGUUCUCCGAGCCAGCUAACGAGGUGAGUUUUGAAGCAACAAAUAUUUUUUCUACAUAGUAUUUUUAUGCACUGAAUUUUUACACAUUUAAUUCAAAAUAAACUAAAUUUGUACACACUACAUUUUAAAACAUUAUUUUAAGCACCAUUUUUUUCUCACAAAAUUUCAUUCAAUGAAAUUGUCAGCAUAAUUUGAUGUAAAAAAAAAAAAUGGAGUCUACAAAAUUCAAAGGCAAAGAAUUCAGUGUUAAAAAAAAAUUAUGGAAAAAAGACACAUUAACCUUCGUAUUAAAAUGUUUUGUUAAUUAAAAUUAUUACAAUUAUAAUUGACAUGUAGAUCUGAAGUUGAUCUAAAAAUGUAAGUGUUUAAAUUAUUAUUUUUUUAAAUGUAUGACUUAUUUUUGACACUACGGGUCGCAGAAGAUUUUAAUGGGAGUUGUCAUUGCUCAAAAAAUAAUAAUGAAUCAAAAUCAAUUUUGUUAUGAAUUAUUAAUGUGUUUAGGUCUACAAUUAUUUCACAUCAAAUAUUCCACUUUGAAAGUUUUUUUGGAGGAAAUGUUGUAUUUUUUAUUUUAUUUUGUAGUUAUUGCCACAAAAAUUACGUGUUUAUUUUGGUUUUUUUUUUACGAAAAAUAGCGUAAAAUAUGAAAAAAUAAAAUUGACAGAUCUGAAUAGAACAUUAUUAUUAAUGUUAUCAAACAUGAUUCUUUUAAAAGAAAAUACUUAUUUUUAAAAAUGCUAUGAAUAAAUGGUAAAAAAAAAAAAAAAAAUACAUUGUAAUGGUUUUAAAAAUGAAAGAUAUCAAAAUGUCCCCGCAGGCUUUAAUUUUUCAGUGGAAAAAGUUUGGAGUCGGCCAUUCUGGUUUGUUGAAGCCAUUUUUCAUGGCAUUUACAUUUUGUUUUAAUUAGUGUUCUAAUGCAAGCCAUGUUGAAUUGUAUUGCACUUUGCACACCUGAUGCAACUGUAUAAAAUAAUAUUGUGUAUUAUUGCAAAGUUUGUAUAUAUGUAUAUAUAAAAUGCUAAUUACUGUAUGUUCAAUGUUAAUAAAUACAUUCCUAUUGA